AUGCAGGCGACGGUAGCUCAGGGCGGCGGCUCGCCUGCUCAGAGCGCCGCGCUGGACCACCUGCUGCAGCCGACAGUGUCCUCCACGUGCACGCAGUCGGGGCAGAUCGUGUGCAACCGGGCCUGCGACCAGCUGGCCAUGUGCCAGCCGAACGACCAGGGAGGUUUCGAGGAGGUCACGCUGGAGAGGUGCUCCGCGGGCACCCGGUGCAGCGCCGAGCUACACAGGUGCGCGGACCGCCCCACGACUUGCGGCGCCAGCACGGAGGGCGGUAUUGCCUGCCACGGCGCCGGCCGCUUCCCGGACCCGCUGAACUGCAGCGUCUACCACGACUGCUCCGAGGAGGGCGCCGUCUCGACGCCGGGAGAGUGCGACCCCGGCUACGCCUACAACGCUCUCGCCAGCGACUGCAGCUAUCGGACAACGGACUCGGUCUGCACGGACGGUCCCACGCCACCCUGCAUCCGUGAGGGCCAAUCUGGAGCCGUGGCCACCAAUCCCAACAUCUACUACGUCUGCACAAACAACGAUAACAUACUGGUCCCAGAUCUCUACAAGUGCGGGAACGGACUGGUGUACGACCCCGGAACGAAUAGCUGCGUCGACUCCACAUCUACUACCACGCCAGUCACGAGGAGCUAG